AUUCCACAAAAUGCGAGAGUUAAUCUCUCGGCUAGUGGUUGGCCUAUUUUCGGUCAAUGAUACGGGAUUUAGAGCAGUUGCGGCGCUGCUGAUGAUUGCCGAAGCCGUUUUAUCACAUUUAGUCAUUUUAAAAGUUAAUUACACCGAAAUCGACUGGAGCACGUAUAUGCAACAAGUCGAGUGCUACGUGAACAAGGGGAUCCUCAACUACACGCAAAUCGGCGGUGACACGGGUCCCUGCGUCUACCCGGCCGGCCAUCUCUUCGUCUUCCGCUUGCUCCACUUUUUCACGAGCUCCGGCCGCAAUAUCCGCGCGGCUCAGCACAUUUUCCAAGGAUUCUACAUGUUUAAUCUAUUUAUGGUCUUUCGAAUCCUUCACAAGACUAUGCGGAUCCCGCCGAUCGUGCUGCUUCUCGUGUCGAUCACCGGCUAUCGGAUACACUCGAUUUUCGUGUUGCGGCUCUUCAACGAUCCUCUAGCUAUGAUGCUCUUCUACGUGGCAAUGGAUCGGUUUUUGGAGCAAAAAUGGCUUGUCGGAUGUGUUUUUUAUAGCCUGGCAGUAUCGAUUAAAAUGAACGUGUUGCUUUUCGCGCCGGCGCUGUUCUUCACACUUUUGCUCAACAAUAGUUAUAUGGCGACGUUGGGAUAUUUGACAGUUUGCGGGCUAAUCCAACUGUACGUCGGUGGCCCAUUCCUCCUCUACGACUGGAAAUCGUAUCUGCAACAAUCCUUCGAUUUGGGCCGAGUUUUCAUGUUCAAAUGGACUGUCAACUGGCGAUUCUUGCCCGAAGAGUUUUUCCUCGACAAGCGAUUCCACGCGGCACUUUUGGUUGGGCAUUUGACGUUUUUGGCGGUUUUCGCGUCGUACAUGUGGUUUAGACGCCUAAACGGUCUCCGCACCUCGGUCUACCUACGUCUUUUCGAAGGCAUCACCACCACCACAGGCGCCGUCGAGACCUACUACGCCUUCUGUACCUCAAAUCUGAUCGGAAUCGCCUUCUCCCGAUCCCUUCACUACCAGUUCUACAGUUGGUACUUCCAUCAGAUACCGUUCCUUCUCUUCUGCGACUAUCCCCACGUGGCAAGUGUCUCCACGAUUCCGUGGCGUCAAUUUCUGUGGAAAGUACCGUUGCUCGCCGCCGUCGAGCUCAGCUGGAACGUCUAUCCAUCGACGUGGUGGAGUUCUGCGUUGCUCCACGUUUGCCACGUCAUCAUUUUCUGGCAUCUAAUCGUGACGAGACCCGCGCGACCUGGCGAUUCAGUGUCCAGGGAGACGCUCCGAAGGCUUGAGCAGCGGCAGAAAAUGCUUGAGCAAGAGCUCCGAGAGCAUGGACAAGUUGUGCCGAAAUUCAAAUUUCCAGCGUUUUUGGAAGAGCAGCAGGAAGAGCAAGUGGAUGUUCGGAAGAGGAUGAAGCAGCCGAUUGGGGAGAAGAGGACGAAAAAGCAGUUGGAUGCGGAAUUUGAGACGUAUUUCGAGGAGCAGAUGGACGGAUUUCGGGAGGAGCACACGAUUUAUUACACCCACGAUGGAAAACCGCAAGUUUCUGGGCUUGCACCACUGGAUAAGCCGGAAAAAAUGAAGAUGCACGAGAAAGUUGCAGCAUUAUAUACGCAGGCGCUGAAGCUACAAGCUCAAUUAAAUCCCAAUGAAACUCCAACAACAUGGAAAUCAUUCAAAUUUCCCAAAAAUGCCGACAAAAACCUGCUGGAAAGCUAUCUGAAGCUUCACGGAGCAGGAGCACAACAAGACUCUGAAGAAUCUGAAAUUUCCUCAGCCGAAGAAGAAGCUUCAGACGACGAGAAUAGCGGUGAGGAAGAGCCCAAUACGGAGAAAAUUGAGCAAAAUUCGUGUAAAGCUGAAGCCUCGGAGCAAGAGAGCAAUGGAGGUGUGAGGCGGCGAAUUUUGGUCGAUUAAAAUUGGAUUUUUGGCUGGAAGUCGAUUUUUAAACCAAUUAUUUUGUUGUUAUUUAUUGAUUUUUUCACUUUUUUUUCCCAAAAUUCGGGGUUUUUGUAUAUAUUUUUCUGUUCCAAGAAAAAUUCAGUUUUUCUUUCAAAUCUCGGGGAUUUAAAUAAAUCAAUUUUUUUUUCAAUUGGCAAAAUUUUUUUAAAUGAAAAUUGAGGUUUU